AUAAAGCUUUCUGUGUUUGGUUCCUCUGACUUUUAUGAUUUCUCUCUCUCUCUCUCAGACUUGUCUGAAACUUUUCAAGAACUCAGAUUCGUCUUUUAUAAUCUACUCCUCUUAAAUCAAGAUCCAAAACAGAGCGAAGUUUUGGUUUGAUAAAGAUUCAUCAUAACUCAAACACCAAUGGAUAACGAGACAAUCUCGACUUCUCUUUAAAAAACUCUGUUUUGUUUUGUUUCAACUUUUAAAUAAAGUUUCCAAAAUGGUGGAAAAAUCUGAUGAUGAAAAGCAUUUUUCUUGGUGUUGCUUGCUUUUACAGCUGUCAUUGCUGUUCUUUCUUGUAACCCUUAUUGCAUCUUUAGCUUUCCUUUGUUUCUUAAGCUCUCAUGGAUUCUCCACCUCUCUCCUUAUAACCAUGUCUAUCUUGUUCGUCUCCACUUCUGUUUUCUUUCUAAGAUCUUUUAAGAAAAAGACAAGACGAUGUUUUGUUGAGAGAUCCCAAGAAGAAGGCUAUGAUGAUGAGUAUGAGGAUGAAGAUAGUCUCAUUGAGAUUGCUCUUGUGAGUGAAGAAGCAGAGACUUUAGAGGCAAUGAGAAACAUUAAUCGAAGUCGAGAGAGACUUAGUAGGAUUGGUGAUGAUGAUGAUGAUCAAGAAGAUGAGAUUGAUGAUGUGAAUAUGGAAGAAGAUAAUCUUAUUGAGAUUGAUAUCUCCAUUGGGUCUAUUAAAAGACGAAUGUAAUCUAAUUCAAUAGAUCUCAUAAUCACACCAUCGUUUCCGGUGUUUUA